ACACUACUACUACUACUACUACUACUACUACUACUACUACUACUACUACUACUACUACUACUACUACUACUACUACUACCACUACUCCUACUACUACUACUACUACUACUACUACUACUACUACUACUACUACUACUACUACUACUAUCAUUAUUACGAAGAAAGUAA